AUGGCGGACUCGGAUGGUGAUGAUAUAGGGAUCACCUUCGGGUCGUUCACUGUGGACGAUACCAAGCAGAGCAGCAAUGAUUAUUCACAUCCUACCAUGUCCUGGGCAAGAAUAGCCGCAGGCGGGCCGAGACCAAAGCCGAGGCCCGCGCCGGCGCCCGCCGCAGCCCCUGCCGCAACGACUGGGCUAGCGCAGCACCCAUCGACGACGGUGCCGGUAGCGCAGCCUCCUCCACCAGCUGAGGCUGUUGAUAGCGGUGCUAUACCGGUAGCAGCGGCACCCGGCGACGAGGGCGGACGGGAGUCGAACCGAAUACCACAGGGUGGUCGUGCGGCGACGACGCGAAUACAGGAGCAAGCAGUAGAAGUUGCCGGAGGCGGUAGUGGCAUCGUUUGCGGUGGUGGUGGUGGUGGUGUUGUAGCGGGUGUGUCAUCGCCGGUAGGGGACCCAAUCGGCGGUGUUGCUGCUCCUCCCGAAGGGCCCGCUGCCGCCGCAGCGCGACGGGCGGAGGAACAAGGUUCUCGACAAGAAGACGGCGGUCGUGUGGCCGUCUCCGAAGAAACAACAAUCGCAGCAAUCGGAGACAGCAGUGGCGCGGCCGAGGCCGUCGUAGAUACCGUAGACACGGCCGCCGCGGAGGCUGCCGAAGCCCUGGCGAAGGCAGAAGCGGAGGCUGCCGAGGCUCUGGCGAAGGAGGAAGCGGAGGCGAAAGCAGCCCAAGACGCAGCCGCCCUGGCCGAGAGGGUAUGGGAGUCGCUCCUACAGCUGCUCGGGGAUGAGAACGGCUUGAUCACGGCGGGGGAGGCGGUGGGGCUGGGGGCCGGGGUCCCCGCGGGGGGUUUGGUGCACCGGGGUCUUAUCAACACCGGCAACAGCUGCUUCCGGAACGCGGUGCUUCAGGCACUGCUGGCGUGCGAGCCGUUUGUACAGGUACUGUUCCGGGCGGCCCCGGGGCUACGAGAUUCCGUCCCCGCCAGGGAGGCGUUGCCGACAUGGGCACAGCUAGCGCGAUUCGCGGCCGCGUUCGAACCACCCAAGCCUGGGGCCGCCGCACCCCUCGCCAGCGGUGGCAGCAGUAGUGCCAAGGGGGCUUGGUCUACCGCUGGUGGUAGAAAUAGGGGCGGCGGUGGCGGGCGGUACCAUCGGGCAAGUUCGGCGGCGGCGGAACCUGUGUUGCCGGACGAGGCCAUGUCAAGAGCCUUCGGGGCCUUCCGGGCGGCUAGCCUGGGGGAGCAGGAAGACGCGCAAGAGUUCCUCGCGUUCUUCCUGGACCAGCUGCACGAAGAGAUCGUAGACGCGAAAAAGAACAAUCCGAAGCCCGCUUCCGACGGUGGGAGUGGCGGGGUGUCCGCAGAUUCUAGGACGGGCGGGGGUGGGGGGCAGCAGCAGGGGGAAGGAGAAGAAGACGACGCCUGGCUUGAGGUCGGGAAAGGAGGAGCCAAGGCUGUGGUGAACGCGCCGGAUCCGCGCAAGAAGGUGACGGGACUGUUCUACCGAAUGUUCCGGUCGGAGGUGAAAAAAAACGGCAACCCCCAAUCUUCCGUCACUCUUGAAUUGGAUCUAGACCUGCCAUCAUCAACAUCACCCCAGAACAACAUUUGGACCGAGACGGUUUCAGGAGGAGGAGGAGGAGGAGGGGGCUCCGCGUGGGGAUCAGGGACCGGGGGGUUCGACUCAUCAAACGGCGGAGGAAGAGGAGGAGGAGGAGGAGAAGAAGGAGGCGCUGGUGGUGCCUGGGGCACGGCGGGAAGCCGCGGGCAACGGGGAACCGGGGGGGCCGCAGGCGGGAGGGGGGGCGGGGCUUGGGGCGCGGGGGGAGGUGGGGCGGUGCCGCCGGCCCCGGGAGCGGGAGUCACGGUGUUGGAAUCAGCCCUGUCAGCGUUGUUCGGAGGCGAGGCUGUGGCGGGGGUUAAGGGGAAGAGGAAUUUGGAGGUGAAGGCGUCACGAACGCUUACUCUAGAGCAGGCCCCCAAGGUACUAACGCUGCACCUGAAGCAGUUCUCGUUCCACCCAGAGCUUGGCCCGCGCAAGCUCGCCCGGCGCGUCAGGUAUCCUCUGGAGCUGACGGUGCCAACACUGGUCAUGUCCCCCUCUCUCCGACACGAGGCCUCCAUCAAGGGACCGCUCAAGUACCGCCUAUUCACAGUAGUGUUGCAUCACGGGCGAAGCUUGCACGGGGGUCACUACACCGCCCUCGUGCGAGACCCUCGGGGGGAGUGGAAGCACUACGACGAUCAGCACGUGACGCCGGAGAUGGAAAGCCACGCUCUCAACCCCAUGAGCGGGCACCCGUACCUGCUGCUCUACACCCGCAUGUAG